CCUUAGCAACUUUCGUGUCGCAUAUCGACGACAACUUCUAGCCUUCGUCGUUACUAGUUACAACAAUGGCCUAUCACAUAGCCGACGAGUAGACCUGAUAUUUGCGACAGGUAUAAUCCUACCGAAGCCACGAGAAAAGGUGUUAGACCUUACGAAACCUACGAAACCUACGAAGCCUUCUAGCAUGCUAUAGCGCCUAAUGCGGUAGCUUCUACCAGUAGUCCGCUUCAGUUCCUCCCCCCAAUCGAAUGUAUAGUCGCGAUCAUGUCCAGUCGGUACGGCGGGUCAUACCGCAACGGUAACAGCUACGGUUCCGCCGCGAGGCAAGACGAAGAAUAUGAUCCCUUUGGCGAUGGCUACACAAGCGAUCGCUUUGGCACUCCUCCUCAGCAGCUGAAUCCCCGAAGACCGCCCCUUGAAUCCGUUCGGAGUGCUGGUUACAGCCCUUCGGCAUCUAGAGCCCAGCGCACCAAUGAAACGAACGCCGAGAAACAGAUAGGUCAGGUACUUGAGCUCAUCAAGUCCGAAUGGCCUGCUAUGGUCCAGGAUGAUUGCAUACCUGUAUCCUUAGCACUCCAGCUGCUAGAUAAUAGCUCCGUUGGCCGAGCACACGAAUAUAGAGAUUUCAAGAAGACACACCAAUACUUGCAGGAUUCCCUUAAAAAUAUUGUACAUGAACACCAUCAAGGCUUCAAUAGUUCUAUUGGUACUUUUCAUAAGAUACAGGGGAGCAUACAAACGUCCCAGAAACGUGUACGUGCUCUGAAAGAUUCUCUGGCAGCAUCAAGAACGAGUCUCUGUGCAACAGAUCCAGAACUCAAGAAGUUUUAUAAGACGUCGCAGAUGUACGAUGAUGUUCUACAGACAUUGAAUGAACUGGAGGACUUGCGGACAGUGCCGGACCAGUUGGAGGCUAGAAUAUCGGAAAAGCGGUUCUUAACUGCUGUCGAAGUCUUGCAAAAUGCACUGCGAAAACUGCGGAAGCCAGAACUCGACGACAUUGGAGCUUUAACUGACCUGAGAAGCUACCUUGCUAACCAGGAAACUGCUCUGAUGGACAUCUUAAUCGAGGAGCUACAUGAGCAUCUCUAUCUGAAGUCACCCUAUUGCCAAGAGCGAUGGCACAACUUAGCCAAGAAUCAGGGUGCCUACAAUGAAAAUUAUACCGACCCAGGCAUUCUUACUCCAUUUCAUUUAAUCUUAGAUACGAUGGAUCUUGACCGCCCGGUAACCGAAGAUCCCGCAAAGAACCCUGAAGCGGAUACCUUUUACUAUAUUAGUCUUGUCGUUGAGUCAUUAAAUAAGCUUGGCCGGUUGGAGAGCGUGGUUGAUACCCUGAAACAACGGCUCCCGGUUGAGUUGUUUUCCAUCGUAAACGAGACGAUAAAUGAAGUUGAUCAGAGGCACCCUAGCUCUUUAAGAGGCGGCUCAGGCAACGCACAGGGCCUGCACAUAUAUGGCAGCAGAGAGACGCAUAUGCGCGCCGAUGUCAUAUAUGACCUAUUAUGGACAUUGUACGGUAAAUUUGAGGCUAUUGCCGAGGGGCAUAGAGUUUUCCACGAAGCUAUCAAGGCGCUCAUUCGACGGGAGGGUGCUGGUAACAACAGCUCCCUCCUCGGGAGCUUCAAGGAGCUGUGGAAUCUAUACCAGAACGAGAUACGCUCCCUUUUGCACAAUUAUGUCACAACAGAUGCAGAUGUCUACCAAUUUAACACCUCCCUUAGGCUGGGUAUGAUGCUUAAUGGUAAUAAGGAUACAUCCAGGGAGCAUCUAUUCAAGUUCUCCGAGGCGGAUCCCAAAUCCGUCGAGAUGGCUACCGAAUACGAGGCCCUGGAUGGGAUUAUACGAGCUGCAGUUCCUGGUCUCACAUCCGCGUCCCAAAAGAAACAGGCUUCGGACAAGAAAUCAUCAGCUGGGAGAGAGUCGAGGAAGAGUGCAUAUACUGGAGCUUUUGAUAAUAGAAAUGCACCUGGCUCCUAUAAAUCGCUUGUGGAGCCAAGUGUAUUUAACAUGAGUCUUCUGUUACCGCCGACUCUAAUAUUCCUGCAACGCUUGAAAGUCAUCGUCCCCCCAGGGUCGGACUUGGCUGCAAGCACUCUAACAUCCUUCCUUGAUAAUUUCCUGGUUAAUGUUUUCCAGCCUCAGUUGGAUGAAACGCUUAGCAAAUUGAGUGAUACAGUAUUUGGAGAAGUAGAUUCGUUCCAGCAGGACCCGGCCUGGGGCUUGGUUGCGCGUCGUCCGGUCUUCAAGGGAACAACGGCAUUUUUUGCUGUUAUUACUGCUUUCUGUCGAAUGCUUGGGACGAUUCCUCAUGACCAGGCGCUGAGCUCUUUAAUUAUCUCCCAAAUGGCUAGAUACUAUGAUAGAUGCCUUGCGUGGUUUAAAUCACUCGUCGCCAAAGCGCAGGAAGCCACUACGAUCCCACAAGCGUUGCGAUACUCUGCAGAAUUGGCUACUAGGAACGGAGAUAUACAAGAGACGGUCAAAAAGCUUUGGACUUCGGGCAAUCUCGACCAUGCGUUGAUUGAAAAGGAAGUUGGACUACUUAUUAUGCACGCCAAUGAACGAUCUCUUGAACCAAGCGAUAUCAUACAAGACCGCGAUAUAAUCUCAUCUCUGUGUCUCCUAUACACUAGCAUGAAAUGGCUCUCGGUAAAGAUUGUUGGCCUGCGACAUAUUACUAGAUUCGACACGGAUUCUUCUCAGCCCACUCUGCCGAAGAACCAGAAUCGCCGGUGGACUCUCCUGAACGACCCCAGCAAGACUAAUAGUGAGGACCAAGGUCCCAUAUAUCUACCGAUGACACAGGAAACUGUCCAGUCAUUUGAUAAUAUAGUGUCCUCUUAUGAGGAAUUCGCUGGUAUGGUACUCCUUACGUUGCAUAUGGAAAUCCGAUGCCGUAUUAUCCAUUCUCUCAGGGUAGCGCUCUCCCCCGAAACAGCACCAUACGUCCUAGGUGAGCAGGAGAUUAAAGAACCUGACCAGCCGGUCCUGUCGUUGAAUUCCGAACUCGUUGCAUACGACGAGACGAUCGUGCGCUUCCUCCGCGACAAGGAGAUUGCGUUUGUGCGGACAGGCUUGGGCCUGCUAAUCAACACAUAUUUAGUAUCCAACGCGCUUGCUACACAGCCUAUGAACUUGCGCGGGUGCGAACGGAUGCAACUGAACAUCCUCGUGCUCCAGCAGAACCUCAAGAACAUUGAAGCUGGCGUAGAUCUCACGCGUGCGGCAAACUACUAUAGCUUAUUCCAGGGUGGCCCAGAUCAGAUCGUUGAAAAGGCUAAGCGCGAUAAGGAGCGCGAAGCGAAGGGAUCCCCUGUGCCGGAAGCGGAGAGGUUUACUUACGACGAGCUUAAGGCUCUCGUUGAAUUAUGCUACAGUGAGCAGCUUGCUGAUCCGGAGAGGGGUGUCGCCGCUGCUGCCAAGAGGAAGAUGGGCGAGAAAGUGUUGGCGCUGAGCGAGUUUAUGUGGCAAAGUUAAGAUGUUGGCUUACUUGCAUUACAAUUGGAGAGGGCGUGUUGCAAGCCGGUGUUUUUUUUUUUUUUUUUUUUUU